AUGAACGUGCUCUACUUGCUGCCACAUAUAAUUGUCCAUGCAAAAUUACUGGAUAAGGCAAUAAUACACAAAUUAUUGUGUCAGAAAAUAUUAAAUUAAUACUUGGAAUUAAAAUUCUUUUAUUUAAAGUAGCUCCCGUUAGUACUUCACUCUCAUUCGUUUUCCAUUAA